CUGCUGUACAGUACAUGUAAUGCUGUGUGCCGGCAAGAAAUUAAUCAUGGGGAAGAUCCAGCCCAACUCGCACCAGCACUAUGUUCUCCAGGGCAUAUCCCGGCCGCCGGAGCGCACAGGAAAGGUCAGAGGAGUGGGACAGUUCCCUGAUGAUCUCGAGCGCGAUAGAAUCCUGUGUGGCGAGGGAGGCCUCAGGGACGGAGCAUGCCACGUUUUAGACGGGCCGAGCAGUGGGAAGUCAGGCCCUCGUCUGCUCUGCGGGGGAUCAGACGCAGCCGGGCUGUCAUGUGGCAGCGGAUGCAGAGACUGUCCCGGGCUUGCCGCCGCGGGGCGGGAUGCACGGUGAACUACAAUGAUCCCGACCGCGAGGAGCAGGACAUGGUGUGCCUUGAGCCCAUGGGAUCAGAGCCGAUGGAGAUGCGAAAGAGGCAGAUGCCGGUGCAGCAGGAGUCGGCAGCGGGGGGAACUGCAUCGGUCCAGCAGGGCCAGCCAGGCCAGGCCAACCCGCGGGGGUCCAAUGCGUGCUGCUUCUGCUGGUGCUGCUGCUGUAGCUGCUCCUGGAACGAGGACAGAGAUGAUCGGAACCGAAAGACAUCCUACGACGUCAAAGAAGGGAGUGCGGACUGUGAAGACUGCCCCAAGCCCACGCUGGAGGAGGUGUGCUCGUGGGGCCAGUCCUUCGACAAGCUGAUGUGCUGCCCUGCCGGGAGGAACUCCUUCCGGCAGUUCCUGCGCACUGAGUUCAGUGAAGAGAACAUGCUCUUCUGGCUGGCGUGCGAGGAGUUUGGCAAGGAGAGCAACAAGAGCGCCAUUGAGGAGAAGGCCCGCGUCAUCUAUGAAGACUACAUCUCCAUCCUCUCCCCGAAAGAGGUGAGCCUGGACUCCCGCGUACGCGAGUCCAUCAACCGGAACAUCCAGGAGCCCACCUUGCACACGUUUGACGACGCCCAGCUGCAGAUCUACACCCUCAUGCAAAGAGACUCGUACCCGCGCUACAUGAACUCCCCCGCCUACAAAAACCUGCUCAACGCUCUGUCUGAGCAGUCACCCGAGUCUUAAGACACCCCCCCCCUUCCCGCUCCUCCCUCGUUUCCUUUUUUUAAGGGAAAUUAGGGGGCGUCCUAUUUCCUUUCCUUGCUUUGUGUGUCCAUUGCAGGAUUACACGAACCCCAGGAAUCUCAGCGCUAUUGUGAUCCGCACCUGACCGCCGACACUCAGGUCUCAGCAUCUCGCGAGGGCUCGACAUCGCAAGUACUGCUACACGUACUACACAGCAAAACAGUCCAAAGGACUUGUAUUGUUCCUCUUUUCUUUUUGUAGAAAUAUUCUACUUCAUUUGAGGGUUUUUUAUGGUCUGUUGUUAUCAUUUUUUGUGUGGGUGGGGUAAACGAUUCCUACUUUAGACUACAUAUACAGUAUAUUUAGGAGUUUGUAAAUAGUACAAAUGGAAUUGUGGGUAUUUUACGUGGAGACGCCUCGUUCUAUUUCACUGCGUAUGAAAAUCAAAGCUCAAGGCAAAUGCUACAUGUUAGCUCGACUUGCAGGCAGCUUUGUGGGGGUGUGCGGCACCCUUUGUAGUUGUUUUUAUUUAUUUUUAAAACAGAACCUCACUCGGGUACCUGGUGACUUGGCAACUCCAGAUCAUUGAUGGAACUUCAAAUGUUACAAAAUCAAAGUCAAUAGGAACUCUGAAACUACUAAUAAUUUCAAAACAAAAAACUAAGAAAAUGGAAGCCGCCAAUCAGAAAGUAACAGUUCUUGAUGCAGGUGGCGAUCCGAUGGGACUUAAGUGUUGGACGGUGUCCUGCAGAACCCUAACCCACUCUCCGGUGCUGCCUAUUUGGCCACUUGACAGUCAACAGAGUGGUGUUGGGGCAGGCCUCCCGAUACCCAAUGCUCGGAGAUGUUGUUCAUGCCGUUCACUGGAUUAACAAUGCUGGCCUUUUUUGGGCCUCCAACACCAAUCCUCAAAUUAAGUAUUGAUCUACAUGUGCAAUGAACCAACUCAUUAUCUCAACAACCCGAGCAGUAAGUUAAUCAUAAAUCCACAAGGUAUAAAUACAACCCUACUACAAGUACAAAUAUACACACAUUUCUACUCAAAGUUUAUAUUGACUGUCAGUAUAUAUUAAUUACAUUUUUCUAGACUACAAUAUAGAAAUUCACAUUUCCAGUGUUUAUUUAUUCAAUUAAAUUAUUCUAUUUAUGCAUCUUAUUAUCAGUACUAUUAAUAUUAUGUAUCUUACAUAUGUUUUUCCAUAUAUUUAUGUAACUUUGCAAAGGAACGCCGAUUCUCUUAGAUAUGUUGGUGACAGGUAUCACCGGAAAUAAGACUGUCCUUUAGUUUAUUUAAAGUUUUGGUGGCUAUUAAUUGAUAUUAAGUUAAUAAACGGAGAGUUGGAUGGGAGGGACGUCACUGCCAACAAACUGGUUAGCUUAGUUGAGUUUAGCACACCACAUAAAGAAAGAAACAAAACAAGCAGUUUAAUUUUGUUCUAACUGCAAGUAGAAAAUACAAUGUUAGCCUAACUGGGAGUUAAUUGGCAAGCUAGUUGCCAGAAAACGGUUCGAGGUUAAUAGUCAUUCAUUCAGCUGGAGCCUAUCCCAGCUGUCUUUGGGCGAGAGGCGGGGUACACCCUGGACUGGUGGCCAGCCAAUCACAGGGCACAUAUAGACAAACAACCAUUCACACUCACAUUCAUACCUAUGGACAAUUUGGAGUUGCUAAUUAACCUAGCAUGUUUUUGGAAUGUGGGAGGAAACCGGAGUACCCGGAGAAAACCCACGCAUGCACGGGGAGAACAUGCAAACUCCACACAGAGAUGGCCGAGGGUGGAAUUGAACCCUGGUCUCCUAGCUGUGAGGUCUGCACGCUAACCACUAGGACACCGUGCCACCCGAGGUUAAUAGUCAAUAUUUGUAUUUCAGAUUUAACAUAUACAUCAUGUCAUUUAUGCCGAUUUUUAACAAUUUACAAGUCUGGUUAAACUCGACCUGGCAAGCUAAUCAUUACCAUGAUUACGCAAAUAUCGAACCCGCAAAUACCGUCACCCCCAUCAGCUUCAAUCUACUACAACAUCUAAAUGUUGAAAAGAACUUAAAAAGGGAAAAGUUUUAAAAGAAUGGUGAAGGGUUAGUGGCGACACCAAAGCUAGCAUGUUCGUAUUGCCUAAGUUCCCGCUGACUAUGACUGGAGUUGCCAAGUGUUUUGACCGUUUUUACAUUCUUUUGGUUGCCUCACGACCGUGUCACUCAAAGACGAGAUCCUCACAUGGGGAAGUGCCUUGACAUUCAGUGUGGACGACAUCUUUCUCAUGGAGCAAGCUCUCGCCAUAAAAGGUGCUUUAGACUGGAGCACAACAGCCAGCUCUCAUGAUGUUUUGCGUUUCUUCUGGGUAUUUGACCACAUGAAGCAGAAGAAGUACAAACAAAUAGCAUGUUGAGGGGGAUCGCUAUGGAUUUAUGGAUGAACGCAGCUGGCCGAUAAAUGGAUCGACCUCAAACACGACCUAAGCCAGCGCUGGAUUUGGCGUGAUGCCUAUAAAUAUAUAGUUUCUUCUUCUGUUUACGAUAUGGAACGUUAUUUUUGCGCUGCAUUUACUGGGGAAAAAAAGACAUUGAAAAAAAAAAAUAAGCAGACAAAUAAUGUGAAUGUUUACAAGUAUAUGGUUUAGUUUUGUUCUGCUACUCUCAAAUAAGAAGAAAAUGAUGACUUGUGGGCAUUUUGAUGGAGAUAAAAUAAAAAGCACAAUAAUUUUAACCACUCUGGACUAUGCUUUGUAAAUAAGUCUUCAGUUGUCUGUAGCUUUAAUGCUAAUGAGUUGCGCUUGAAUGCUAUCAUUUUUACAUAUAAUGUACGCUCAUCCUUCUCACUUCAUGUUUUGAAUUUUGCGGCUUCACUCUAUCAACGGUUAACCAAAAUAUACACUAGUAAUUAAUACAUCAUUGACGUUUCCUGGUUGACUAUGCUUUAUUUGUA